AGCGGCCCAGCGGGCGGGAGGAGGGCGAGAGCGGGGCUCCCACUCCGCCGGGACCCUCCCCAGCCUCCUCCCUCACCCGGGGUGGGGACCGAUUGACUGUUUCCAGGCCCCCCCCGGGGCAGGGGCGCUGGAGAGCCCCGGGGUGGACCAUGGCGGUGAGAUUCCAGGUCUUGGACAUGGAGGAGCUGAUCAUCUGGGAACAGCACACGACCACGCUCAGCAAGGACCCCCGCCGGGGCUUCGGCAUUGCGAUCUCUGGUGGCCGAGACCGGCCCGGUGGCCCCGUGGUUGUGUCCGACGUGGUGCCCGGAGGGCCGGCCGAGGGCAGGCUGCAGACAGGGGACCACAUCGUCAUGGUUAACGGGGUCUCCGUGGAGAACGUGACCUCCACCUUCGCCAUUCAGAUACUCAAGACAUGCGCCAAGGUGGCCAAUAUUACGGUGAAGCGUCCCCGGAAAGUCCAGCUGCCCGCCACCAGGGCCAGCCCCUCUGGGGGACAGCAGGACUCGGACGAGGAGGAUGGGCGGCGGCGGCUGGAGGAGGCCGAGCACGGCCGGGGCUACGACGGGGACACGUCCAGUGGCUCGGGCCGCUCCUGGGGCGAGCGCUCCCGCCGGCCGAGGGCGGGUCGCCGGAGCCGGGCCGGCAGCCACGGGCGCAGGAGCCCGGGUGGCGGGUCCGAGGCCAACGGGCUGGCCCUGGUGUCGGGCUUCAAGCGGCUCCCGCGGCAGGACGUGCGCAUGAGGCCCGUGAAGUCGGUGCUCGUGCGGAGGAGGGACAACGAAGAGUUCGGGGUCAAACUGGGCAGUCAGAUCUUCAUCAAGCACAUCACGGAUUCCGGCCUGGCCGCGCAGAGCCGCGGGCUGCGGGAGGGGGACCUCGUCCUGCAGAUCAACGGGGUGUCCAGUGAGAAUCUGUCGCUGAGCGACACGCGGCGGCUGAUCGAGAAGUCGGAGGGGAAGCUGACUCUGCUGGUGCUCAGGGACCAGGGACAGUUCCUGGUGAACAUCCCGCCGGCCGUCAGCGACAGCGACGCCUCCCUCAUGGAUGACAUCUCAGAACUCGGCUCAGAGGUGCCACCAGCCCACGUCCCACCACCGCCCCGGCAUGGGCAGCGGAGUCCGGACACCAGCCGAUCCAACUCCCCCGCGGAGAGCCCCCGGCUUCGGCGGAGGAGUUCGGUGGAUUCCAAAACCGCCUCAGAACCAGACUCGCCCGGGCAACGCAGCUAUGACAUCUACAGGGUGCCGAGCGUGCAGAGCGUGGAGGACCACGGGUACAGCCCCGACUCGCGGGUGGUCCGCUUCUUCAAGGGCACGAGCAUCGGGCUGCGGCUGGCCGGGGGCAACGACGUGGGCAUCUUCGUGUCGGGCGUGCAGGCAGGCAGCCCGGCCGACGGGCAGGGCCUCCAGGAGGGGGACGAGAUCCUGCAGGUGAAUGACACCCCCUUCCGGAACCUGACCCGGGAGGAGGCCGUGCAGUUCUUGCUGGGGCUGCCGCCGGGCGAGGAGGUUCAGCUGGUGACACAGCGGAAGCAGGAUCUCUUCCGGAAGAUGGUGCAGUCCGGCGUGGGCGACUCCUUCUACAUCCGCACCCACUUCGAGCUGGAGGCCAGCCCGCCGGCCGGCCUGGGCUUCACGCGCGGCGACAUCUUCCACGUGCUGGACACGCUGCCCCCGGGCCCCGCGCACAGCCUCGCCCGCGGGGGCCACUGGCUGGCGGCGCGCGUGGGCCGGGACCUCCGGGAGCAGGAGCGCGGCAUCAUCCCCAACCAGGCCAGGGCGGAGCAGCUGGCUAGUCUGGAGGCGGCCCAGCGGGCCCUGGGGACGGGGCCCGGCGCCUCCACGGGCUCAAACUCGCGGGCCGAGUUCUGGCGGCUGCGGGGUCUCCGUCGGGGAGCCAAGAAGACCACCCAGCGGAGCCGAGAGGACCUGUCGGCCCUGACCAAACAGGGUCACUACCCACCGUACGAGCGCGUCGUGCUGCGAGAAGCCAGGUUCAAGCGCCCGGUGGUGAUCCUGGGACCCGUGGCAGACAUCGCGAUGCAGAAGUUGACAGCCGAGAUGCCGGACCAGUUUGAAAUCGCAGAGAGUGUGUCCAGGACCGAGAGUCCCUCCAAGAUCAUCAAGCUGGACACCGUGCGGGUGAUCGCUGAGAGGGACAAGCACGCGCUCCUGGACGUGACCCCGUCGGCCAUUGAGCGCCUCAACUACGUGCAGUACUACCCCAUCGUGGUCUUCUGCGCCCCCGAGAGCCGGCAGGCCCUCAAGGCGCUGCGCCAGUGGCUGGCGCCCGCCUCUCGCCGCAGCACACGCCGCCUCUACGCGCAGGCGCAGAAGCUGCGGAAGCACAGCGACCACCUCUUCACAGCCACCAUCCCGCUGCACGGCACGAGCGACGCCUGGUUCCAGGAACUCAAGGCCGUCAUCCGCGAGCAGCAGACACGGCCCAUCUGGACGGCGGAGGACCAGCUGGACGGCUCCUCGGACACCAACCUGGACCUCCCGCACCGCGGCCUGGGGGACAGCUCCGCGGACCUGAGCUGCGACAGCCGGGUCAACAGCGACUACGAGACGGACGGUGAGGGCGGCGUCUACACGGACGACGGCGGCGUCUACACAGACGGCGAGGGCGGGCCCCACACGGACGUGGACGAGGAGCCCCCGGCGCCCGCCCUGGCCCGGUCCUCGGAGCCCGUGCUGGAGGACGAGCCCCAGAGCCCGCGGGAUCAUGGGAGGUCCCUGGGUCACUGGGGGGCUCAGGUGGACGGCCACCACCUGCACGGCCAGUGGCGACAGGACAGCGUGCGGACGUACGGGCAGGAAGCUCUGAGGAAGAAGUUUACCCGAGCCCGAGAUAUGGACUCCUCUGACGAAGACGCCUACACUUGGGGCCCGGCCACCGACCUGUGACCCCUCCC